GUUUAAUGUCUAACUUGGCGACAUUGUUAGACACAAUAACAGCUGUCGUUACUUUUCACGUAAGAUUUCAAAGCUGCGCUAAAUGUUUCGUAGGUUAGGAUAACAGCAUUUACUUCAGUAACCUACCUUUAGGAACCACCAUUUCGCUUGCUGCUACUCAGCCAGUGAAAUGUGCAUUCUGAUAAAGUCGAGUCAGUGAGUAAAGUUACUAUGGUGAAGAGACUCACUGAUCGAGGAGAGGAGACGGGACACAAUCAGAGUUAACGAUACAAAACUUUGGAUGGGAUCCUUUGGUCCGUUGGGAACAUGGAUCUCGGACUUUCGUAUAGUUCUGGCUGUAACGUUACUGAAACGCGGCAGCUUGACCAACUGAGCGUGAUGGUGAAAGAAGAAGAUAUAAAAGAGGAGGAAUGUGGUCAUAUGAUUUCAUGUCCAGAUGAAGAUGAAAAGCCCUUUGCAGAUCCUCACUGUAAAGCUGAAACAGACGUCACAGAGUCCAACGUUAGUUACACUGAAACACAACAGACAACUGCGGAGAUUGAAGUGAAGAAAGAAGAUGAACAAGAACACAAUUAUCUGCUGGGAAAAAAAUUUGGAUGGGAUAAUCUUUGGUCCGUUGGGAACAUGGAUCUCGGACAUUCGUUUAGUUCUGGCUGUAACGUUACUGAAACGUGGCAGCUUGACCAACUGAGCGUGAUGGUGAAAGAAGAAGAUAUAAAAGAGGAGGAAUAUGAUCAUAUGAUUUCAUGUCAAGAUGAAGAUGAAAAGCCCUUUGCAGAGCUUCACUGUAAAACUGAAACAGACGGCACAGAGUCCAACGUUAGUUACACUGAAACACAACAGACAACCGCGGAAGUGAAGAUUGGUGAUGAUGAUGAACAAGAACAUGAUUAUCUGGUGGAAAGUGUGUCUGAACACCCAGAUGUAACGCAACAGAAGAUCCAUGGACACAACGAUGAACUCAACCUGCAACUCAAAGGAAGGCUGCACCACUGCACAGUCUGCAGGAAGAGUUUUACGGCCCUUACUGAACUCGAGAAACACCAGCAAACACACUCUGUUAGUGUGAAUGAAAAGCAGAGCACUGAUGGCAAAAUUCGACAUAAAUGCAUCGAGUGUGGAAAAUCUUAUUCAAGUUUUUGGUGUCUUAAAACCCACAUGCUAAUACACACUGGAGAGAAGCCUCAUAAGUGUAAUCAAUGUGAAAAAGCUUUUUCACAAAGUGCUAGUCUGAAAUCCCACAUGCGUAUACACACUGGAGAGAAGCCUUAUAAAUGUGUUCACUGUGGGAAAGCUUUUUCAUUUAGUUCAAAUCUUAAAUCCCACAUGAUCUCACACACUGGUGAAAAGCCUCAUAAAUGUGACCAAUGUGGAAAACCUUUUUCACAAAGGUCAACUCUUAAGUUCCACAUGCUAAUACACACUGGAGAGAAGCCCCAUCUAUGUGUCCAGUGUGGAAAAGCUUUUUCACUAAUUUCACAUCUUAAAAGACAUAUUUUAAUUCACACUGGAGAGAAGGCUCAUAAGUGUAACCAAUGUGGAAAAGCUUUUUCACGAAUUGCUGAUCUGAAAUCCCACAUGCGUAUACACACUGGAGAGAAGCCUUAUAAAUGUGUUCAGUGUGGGAAAGCUUUUUCAUCAAGUUCAACUCUUAAAACCCACAUGCUAAUACACACUGGAGAGAAGCCCCAUCUAUGUGUCCAGUGUGGAAGAGCUUUUUCACUGAUUGCACCUCUGAAAAGACAUAUUUUAACUCACACUGGAGAGAAGGCUCAUAAGUGUAGCCAAUGUGGAAAAGCUUUUGCAGUAAUUGCUAAUCUGAAAUCCCACAUGCGUAUACAUACUGGAGAGAAGCCUUAUAAAUGUGUUCACUGUGGGAAAGCUUUUUCACAAAGUUUAUCUCUUAAAAACCACAUGAUCUACACAGGAGAGAAGCCUUAUAAAUGUGUCCAAAGCAGAAAAGCUUGUUAGCUCUGAAAACCCACAUGCUAAUGCACAAGAAAGAGCAGGCACACAGUCACAUUAUCAGGGAUUCCUAAUGUUACUUCCUACUUCGCUUAAUCGACAGUCAACAGCAUCAGCAGUCAGGAGAAGUUUGUUGUUCUAUCUUUGCAAUAAAUACAUGUACACUUUCAA